AUGUCAGCGGCCAUUAAACAUAUCGGCGUUGUCGGCGCCGGAAACAUGGGCUCUAUGAUGACCCUCCGCUUUGCCGAGCUUGGACUCGCAGUCUCAGUAUGGGAUGUCGUGAAGGAAAACGUUGACGAAGUAGUAAACUAUUCAAAAGACGACAAAGACAUCUCGGGUCGCGUCCAAGGCUUCUACGACAUCAAUGAAUUCUCCAAGAGCCUCGACGGCAAAUCUGAGCGGAAAGUCUUCAUGUUCUCCAUCACACAUGGCGAGCCUGCCGAUGAAGUGCUUCGCAUGUUGAAGCCCGACUUGAAAGAGGGCGAUAUCAUCCUGGACGGUGGUAACGAACACUACCGCAGAACCGAACGCCGCCAGAAAGAAUGUGCCUCCAUCGGCGUCAGUUGGAUCGGAAUGGGUGUUUCGGGUGGGUAUCAGUCUGCGCGACGAGGACCCAGCCUCUCGCCUGGUGGGGAUGCCAAAGCCAUUGAGCUCGUCAUGCCAUUUUUGGAAUCGUAUGCCGCCAAAGAUCCAAAGACCAAGACUCCGUGCGUGAAGCACAUGGGACCAGGUGGAUCUGGGCAUUUCAUCAAAAUGGUCCACAAUGGCAUCGAGGGCGGAAUGCUUUCUGUGCUUGCUGAGACUUGGCAAUACAUGCAUGAUGGACUGGGCAUGGAGCAUACUGAGAUUGGAGACGUCUUUGACAAGUGGAACGAGUCCGGCGAGCUGCGGGGAAACUUCCUGGUCCGGAUUGGCGCCAAUAUCUUACACACACGGAGACCGAAGGAGGGCGACAAGAAGGGCGAGGAAGCCAGUCGAGACGAUGGAUAUGUGCUCGACGAUGUACUUGACAAAGUUGUGCAAGAUGACGAUAACACCGAAGGCACUCCACUCUGGUCUAUCAUGGAGUCUGCCGCCCGACAUGUCUCUUGUCCGACACUAGCAGUCUCCCAUUAUAUGCGCAUUUCAAGUGGAAAUCGCCCAGAACGCGUGCAAGCCGCGAAGAAACUCGGAAUGUCUUUGCCGAAACCAAUUGAGGGAACCCGGGAGCACGCAGAGAUCAUUGAAGACCUACGAAAGGCUGUGUACUGCUCAUUCUUGGCAUCAUUCUGCCAGGGCUUGGAGCUGAUCUCCCGAGCUUCGAUAGACGAAGGCUGGGGUGUUGACUUGGGCGAUUGUCUGCAGAUCUGGCGGGCAGGUUGCAUCAUUCAAUCCGAUUACAUCGCGGAUUUACUCCAGCCGCCGCUGUCAGGCAACAAAGAGCUGACGAAUGUCAAGUUCGUGGAUGCUGUUGCGCAUGAGUUGCACCAGAAUUUCCAGAGUCUCAAACGUGUCGUUUUGGAGGGAACCAUGUUUGAUCAAUACAUUCCGGCGCUGUCAGCUACCCUGGAAUAUCUCAAGUAUGAGGGUGGAUUGGGUCUGCCAACCAAGUUCAUGGAGGCGCAGAUGGACUACUUUGGUGCUCACAGUUAUAAUAAGCCAGGCAUUCCCGGUGAGGAUCCAGGGCCUGUUUCAAAGGGUCCUCAUCAUUAUGAGUGGGCGCCGGCUUAG